AUAAAAAUAAGUGUCCUUCAGCUCAAGAAGAAUCUUAAACAGCUGUCUAGUAAAAGAAUUAUGGGGUAUCCCUAAUACUCUAAUCGAAAUUGCUUAUAAAUAUUCAUUGCAAGCAAUAAAUCUUCUUCGGUGAGCGUAAAAAUUAGGUCAUCUUUCUAAUCUUGUAAUAAAAAAUAAUUUUAAAAAAAUGCAUAGAUAGAAUCAUUAAACAAGAACAAUGAUGAGUAUUAAUUUAAUUAAUUAAAAAUUUUUUUUUCAAGUUUUCAUAAAUGAUUGCAUCGACAAGAUAAGCUACAAUUGAUUAAACGACAUAAUUAUUACUUGUGAAGACGCUUUAAUUUUAAUUCAAAAAUAUUCUGAGAACAGUUUCAUUUUGUCUUUGCUCGAACUCGGAUAUUUUAUAAAUUUCUUAACAAUGAUUGUCGAAAAUACAUUUUUGUUUUUUAUUUUUAUAACCGUACAAUUGCUCGGGAAAAUCAUGGCAAUGCCAGCAGCAGUUAAUCAAAACUAUACUAGUGAUCUGUUGCGCAUGGCUAAGGCCGCACAAAUGCGAGCUUACAUGAAUGAGAACAAGGCUCCAUGUGAAAAUUUUUAUAAAUUUGCUUGCGGUAACUGGAUGAAUACAAAUCCGGCUAGUCCAAGGCGUAAAACGAGCUAUCUCGAUCAACUGCAAGAUUUGUAUUGGCGUAAAAGUGCUGAAAUGCUGAAAUCGACAAGUCAUAGCGAUACCACUCUUGAUCUGAAAUUGAAAGAUUUCUAUGAAUCAUGUCUUUCUACCGGCAAGCUCGAUCGAGUUGGCUUAGAUGUCAUCUUGAAAAUGGUGAACUUUAAAGGCGGCUGGCCUAAGUUAGAAAGCCCGCAAUGGUAUGAAUAUGAGUACGAUUGGCUGAAAGUAGUCGCCGAACUUAGACGCAAACUGGGAGUGAAUAUAAUAAUCGGUUUAAACAUAGUGCCCGAUUUUGAAGACAAAGAUAUGCACCGUAUUAUGAUAGGUGCUCCGGAAUUCGAUCUUGAACGCGAAGUUUAUAUGGAGGCAGACGAGGAUAAAGAAAAUUUGCGUCACGCAUACACUUAUUCAGUACAGGUACAAUUGAAUCGUUACUUCCCAGAUAUGUCUGAGGAGUGGGCCUCGGAAGUAGCUCAGCAGAUUCUGCACAUGGAGAAGAGUUUAGCAGUUGGUUUACCUCUAAAUAAGCAUGUCACACCUAAUCAAACCACACGAUAUCGAUAUACGAAUGAUUUGAAACAAGCCUAUGGCAGUUAUGUGGACUUGAAUCGCUAUUUAAAUUUAAUUUUUAAUCAGACCAUUUACUCGCAAGUGUAUGAAACACCCGAAGAUUAUUUUUCUAAUUUAGUGGAUGUCAUCAAAGAGACACCGAAAUUAACUUUAGCUAACUAUACAAUGUGGAAGGUUUUACAGCAAUUUGAGUUAAACACAGCUUCACAGUCUAAAUCGAAUAGAUGGUGCGUUAAUAAAGUCAUGGAAUACUUCCCAGACGCUUUAGAGAAUAUGUUUGCUCGCAAUUAUCAGACCAUACAAAUGGUUAAUCAAUUGCAAUCAUUAUGGGCCGAUUUAAAAAAAGCCUUCCGUGACGAAUUGUUGAACUCCGAUAAAUUAGUAUGGAUCGGCUUAGAUACGCGACAAAGAGCUGCCGAAAAAUUGGAAGCAAUGGACUUGGAAUUACCCAGCUCAAAUACCGGUUAUGUUGAAGAAGUGGCAAAAUUGAAGAUACGCAAGCUUAACUACUAUGAAAAUUUGAUAAACAUACUGCAAUGGAAAACUACGCAAGGAUUGACUAAACUCGUUCAAAGGCCGUCAGACGAAGCAUCGAAACAUGACGUGCCCUUUUAUGCGUUAGACGCAAAUAAAGUGAAAAUUCCAGUCACCUUUUUGCAAUCCCGUUUCUUUUGGGAUUCCAACUAUCCUCAUGCCUUACUAUACAGUUCUUUAGGUUUUCUGCUCGCUCAGCAAAUGUUGAAAGGUUUUGAUUCGCGAGGCCGUAAAUACGAUAAGCACGGUCAUCUACGUUCUUGGUGGGACACCAUAUCGGAAUAUGGCUUUGACGAUCGCGCCAAUUGUUUCGUUAAACAAUAUUCGGAAUACAAGUUUCCCGGCUGGGUGGUGAAAGACGAAAAAGCUCUACAAAAUGAUUAUAUAGCGGAUAACGGUGCUUUAGAUAUAACCUACAAAGCUUAUCAGCAAUGGUGGACGAAUGUGGCUAACACACAACUGGCCGCUCAAGAAACUUUACCAUUACUCGAGGAGUAUACACAAAAUCAGUUAUUCUUCUUGGGCUUUGCUCAACUUUGGUGUGCUGAUUAUGAUUUAAAUUAUCCCGAUUAUGAGCAUGUACCCGAACGUUGGCGUGUCAUAGGUGCUUUAGCUAACUUUAACGCGUUUGCUCGCGAAUACAAAUGUGAAAUAGGUGUUAAAAUGAAUCCCACACAAAAAUGUACACUAUACUGAGUAUGAAAUCGGAAUAUUACAUUAAACUAGAUUUUGAUACUAAUGUUUGCCAUUUCGUAUAUAGUGUAAAUAAACUAAAGAUAACCUUUUGAGUUUUAAUUGAGCGAACAAUAUUUUAACUCAUUCACGUUAUCAAACGAUUUGGCUCGAAUAGAGGCCAACCCGUGAAAGGAGGAGAAAAUGUAUACAAAUAAAAAUAGUGUUGAUAAGGGUUGCCAUUUA